GUGAAUACUGCAUUUCUGAAAAACUGUGCUGUUCAUUCUUUCCUCAUAGGAGGCCCUCUGUGUGGAUACGGAUUUACAGUCUAAAGUGUCUCCCAAGAUGCUGUACUUGCAGGGUUCUCAGAUGCUGAAGAUUCUGGAGAAUUCUUUGAGGAAGCACCUCCCUGAGUCCUUAAAGGUUUAUGGGACUGUCUUCCACAUGAACCGGGGAAACCCAUUUGAGCUAAAGGCCCUGGUGGACAGAUGGCCUGAUUUUAACACUGUUGUUAUUCGUCCUCAGGAGCAGAACAUGACAGAUGACCUUGAUCACUACACCAACACUUAUCUAAUAUAUGCCAAGAAUCCCAAGAGCUGUCAGGAAUUCCUUGGCUCAUCAGAAGUCAUCAACUGGAAACAACAUUUGCAGAUUCAAAGUUCCCAGUCAAGCCUGGACAAGGUGAUAGAAAAUCUUGUAACCACUAAUUCGGGUAAAGUCAAACAUAAGCAAUGCUUUCUCUAUAUGAUAUUCGAAACAGCAAAGAAGUUGCUUCCUUCCCUGGUGGAUGAAAAGGACUUAGCACUCAAUCUUAACAUGCCUAAGAUCAUCAACAAAGAUAUGUUUAAACUCACAUCCCUGGAUGUUAAGCAUGCUUCCUUGGUGAAUAAUGUCUGGUAUUUUGGUGGCAAUGAGAGAAGCCAGAAGUUCAUCGAACACUGUAUCCGCACCUUCCCCAGCGUCUGUCUGCUGGGGCCUGAUGGGACACCAGUGUCCUGGGCCCUGAUGGACCACACUGGAGAACUGAGAAUGGCAGGCACUCUGCCUGAAUACCGGGGCCAGGGUCUCAUUCACUAUGUUGCUAUUUGUCAGAUCCAGUCUCUGGGAAACCUUGGCUUUCCCAUGUAUGCCCACACAGACAAGGCCAAUCUCACUGUGCAGAGAAUGGCUGCUGUCCUGAAACAUGUCCCCAUGCCCUGUGAGUGGAACCAGUGGAACUAUGUGCCUCUGUAAUGCUGGUGCUACAGCGAAAGAGGGUGAUGAGGGGGCUAUCUAUGUGGUUGGAGAAGCAGCUGGGUGAACAGAGGGAAGAAAUAAAUUGUAAUUAAGCAGACACAGAAAGCUGGGAUGCAUCAUGAACUAUGAACACUGGUCCCUGCUCUCAAAUAACGAAUGCACUUCAUCCAUUUACAUGGUAUGAAAUAGAUCAAGUUAUUCUGCUCCCAGUCUGGCAGAGCACCCUUGUUCUCAGGAUCCCUGUAGCACUUUGUACUUAGUUGCAUUCUUUUCUGUUCCACUCUCAUUGACCAUUGGCCAGGAGUCAUGUUCUGUGAUCUUCCUGCCCUCUCUAGCUUUAUCAUUCUUUUCUAGGUCACUUCCUAGAUGUUGUAUUGUUAUCUGAAAUGUAUUAUACAUACACAAUGUAUUGCACAUGCACAAUGUGUGUGGGACAACUUUUAGAAUUAUUAAGAAAAAGACUGGCACAGGAGCAAAUGUACUGUUUGGCCAACCCUGGCAAUGGAAGUCUAAUCCCUGGGACCCAAUGGGGGAAGGAGAGUACCAAUUCCCUCACAUUUCCUCCGACCUCCACUGGUGCAUUGUGGCAUGCACUCACCCACCCCAACAUACACACCACAAAUAAAUAAUAAAUAGAUGAUAGAUGAUGGAUAGAUAGAGAUAAAUAGAUGAUAGAUAGAUGAAUUCAUUCAAUAACAAAGUAAUUUAUAAAUUUUAAAGAACAGAAAAUGGCUAAUGCUCUUUUGAGACUACCUUUAAUAUAUUUUAAAUGAGUUACCAAUAGUAAUUCAGUAAAGAAAAUUUGGCGCUGCUUCUAAAGGCUGAGCUUUGUCACUCCAUUCUAAUGUUUAUAUUAAAACAAACCUAAUCUUUGUUUAUGGAAUCGUGAACUCUGGGGCAGUGCAGGGAGAAGAGGAAAGAGAACACUCAGACUACAAGUAGAUAUUAUAUUGGAAAAACAGAGAAAUGAGGCAGGGAAGGGAAGCAGGACGAAGGGACAGAGGGAAGAGAAGGAGAGAGAUGGAGAGGGGAAUCUGGGAGCAGGUGAGAGAGAGAGAAGCUCAUGAAUCUCCGGUUGGAAAAAGAUCAUCUUAAGUAGAGAAGAUGAAUGUGUUUUCAAUAUCAUUAAGUAUGUUCAAAUAAAUGCUUCCUAAUGAACUCAUUGCCAAUAACAACCACCUCCUGUGGUGGGAAUUCCUCUCUUAGUUCUUCCACACAGGCCUCAAAGCCUUCCAGUAUUUGCACUAUGCCUCCAAGCAAUUAUUUAAGAUUAUUUUUCAAAGUGUUCACUCAGUUUCCUGGGAAUGACAGGAUACUUCCUUUUGAUGAAAGCAACAGGAACAUAAGCUAAGACAGGUGCCUUUCAGAGGUUUGGAUCCUAACCAUUAGUACCACUUACCACUCCUCUAUAAGCAAUUAAGUUCUCAGUGUCUAUGUUUUUUAAAUCUCUCUCUCUCUCUCUCUUUCUCCUCUCCCUCAUUCCCUCCCUCUCCUCUCUGUCCUGUGUGUGUAUGUGUGUGUAUGUGUGUGUGUGUGUGUGUGUGUGUAUGUGUGUGUUUGUACAGGGUUUUCACAUGCCAUGAUGCAUGUUUGGAGGUCAGAGGACAACCUCCAGUGCUGAUUCUUGCCUUGCCUUCCAUCUUACUUGAGGCAGAAUCUCUUUGUAGUUUUUAUUUUCUAUACACCUGAUUAGCUCACUCAAAAGCUUCUGGGGAUUGUCUUGUAGACACCAGCCCUAUCUCCCUAUAGCAGUGCUUGGAUUACAGACACAUGUACUACCCUGGCUGUCUUUAUGUGAUGUAGCUAAAAUUCCUUCUGGAGUUGUGAAAACAACCUCUGCAUCCAACCCCCUUGAUCACUAUGACAAACCAAGGUAUGAUUUUGUCAAGCUACAGUCAGGGAAACCAGUGAAUUUAUCAGGCUUACUUAUAGAGUAAUGUAUGAGGGUUUCCUUACAAGAGUGUGGGUGCUCCACUCCUAAGGCCAAACUGGAAAGUCUUCAAUCCAGCAUGAAUGGUGACUUCUCCACAGCUGCACAAAAUGUCAAGAACACUACCCCCCUGGGCUUCCUCAGUUUAUAUACCCUUAGCUCCCCCCCCAUGCAGCUAGGGAAGACUGAUUGGUUGGAGGCAUGACUGACAUGCCCUGCCCCUCCUUUCUUACAGAGCCUAACAAUCAACAAACUUAACUGUGAUAAUCCUAGGCAAGUGGGUGCAACCAAGCUUGGAAAGAUGGCAUCCGUCUAUGGUCUGUCUGAGAACAAUCCUAUGCAACACUCCACCCCUUCCUCAGGCUCUUGCAUUCUUUCUACCAUCCUCUUCUGCAAGAGUCCUUGAGCCUUGGAGGGGGUGACCUAGAUGUAGGACAAACUUCCUCCCACUGUGGUGAGAUACUGAACCCUUGGGUCUUUUCAUUAUCUGAUUUCAGGACUUGGCUGUUGGCCCAUCUUGUAAUAUCCUAUAAGUAGGUAUUCCUCCUACUAUAAAAACACAAAUAAAAAGAAGGAAGCAGUAAAUGAGAAAACAUCUAAACAAAUAUUGACUGCAAUCAUUACCUAUGUACAUAAACACAAAUGCUUGGAAAGCUUCUUAUCAUGUGCAUCACAUCCAUCUAACAAAAGUAUUUCAGUGGCCUAUAAUAUACCCUGCCACCAGGGGUUUGCCUGGCUUGUAGUACCAGACUUUCAUUCCUCCCCUAAGAGACAGCUUUAAAUCCAAUUGGAAAAUUUUUGGUUGUGCAUACACUUGUCAUGCCAUAUUACACUGGCAGGCACAUUGCCCUUGGCAUGUUGAUAAUGCACCAUCCUGGACUGUUGGGAGAAAUUCUCCCCCAGUGAUCUGCAUAGUGCCUUCUUGCACUAUGACCACUAGUCACUUGGCUGGCAGGGAGUUUCCAACUUAAUUAUAGCUUUAUUUCUCCCUUUCCAGUGUUUACAGCAUGUUGUGUCUUCUCAAUAGGGUCUUACCAUCUAGUUCUGGCAUCCAACCAAUGUUACUGGUGAUAACUUUAUCAUUUGGGGAUCCUCGGUGGCCUCCCUGGUCAACACUCAUGGAGGGACAACCCAUCACUGACAUUGGGAUUUUCACUUAACAAUCAUACAGUUUCUUGAAGCCUCUGUUCUUAUUUCCAUAAGAUAUCUUUGUUUAUUCUUUGGCAUUUACAUGCCCAGGCUGUUAUAGACUUUUCUCAACCAUCCUGGUGGGUAUCACUUGUUCCUUACCCAACCAGAAAGUUCCCCAAAAUUUCAAAGCUGCACCAGGGCCUUGUAUCCCUUGUGAAUCUUCUUCAUCCUUGUUUCCUUGGGUGUACUUGAUAUCUCUCAAAUGUGUUUCCACAUCUUCAAAACACUCAGAUGUUAACACUUAUUCUACAUCAAGAAUAAACAAGGUAUAACACAA